AUAGACUUGGUGGCCGAGCAUAAAUAUUCUCUCAUUAUAAAGAAGAAAGAGAAGUAGUCAAGGGUUUAACAAACUCUACAACAGUCGGUCUACGCACAACAAGAAGAAAAUCAGAAACACAAACACAAAAAAUGGAACAAGUUACAGAAGCAGUCAGCAAUCUAAACAUCACAGAUUCAUCCAAUAACAACUAUUCCAACAAUAAGAAAAAUCGUAUUCAAGUCUCCAACACUAAAAAACCCCUCUUUUUUUAUGUUAAUCUUGCCAAGAGGUACAUGCAACAGUACAAUGAGGUGGAGCUUUCCGCUCUUGGAAUGGCCAUUGCAACUGUCGUUACAAUUGCUGAGAUCUUGAAGAACAACGGUUUUGCUGUUGAGAAAAAAAUAGCUACUUCAACAGUUGACAUCAAUGAAUCAGGAGGGCGUCCUGUCCAAAAAGCUAAGAUUGAGAUUGUUCUAGAGAAGUCGGAGAAAUUUGACGAGUUGAUGGCUGCAGCGGCUGCCGAGGCUGCAGAAGGAGAGGAGCAGCAAGCAUAAGGUCUCUCCACUUUGGAUUUUCAAUCAAUUAAUGUUUAUCUGUUUUUCACUUGGUUUGUAUGGGGUUGUCCUGUUUUUUGUUAUUUAAAGUUAUUUAACAGAUUUGUCUGCAACUGCAAGGCUUUCAAAUUUUGUACCAAAAGGAAACAUCUUAAUUUGAUUUCUUACACUGCAAAAUGUGAUUUUUUUUAUUUUUUAUUUUUUUUCUUGUGCAUAGGUAAAUAUAUAGUUUGUUUAGCUUGUUAUAAGACUCAUUCUCAUGUGUGUUUUUUUAAUUAUAAUUAAAAGUUAUGAUUGUGGUUUGAAUGAUGA